CAAUGUACCAUUUCUCCGUGAAAUACGAAACGACCUAAACGUUUCAGUUCCUCUUUUAAAGGAUGUAAACGUUUGUUUUGGUCUUAGUACACGGUGUGCUUUGUGAACGCACAAACCGAACAUCCCUCGUGGAGUUUUAGUUCAACCUGCAGAAUUUUAGGCAAAAUGGCGACAUUGUAACGGAUGGAGGACGAAAAAAAGGACUGUAAUCAAGUACCAUGACAAACUUGUCCCAUGUUAUAGUGUCAUUCUCUGGGAAGGUGGGUUUACAGAGAACUACAGGGUGCCAAUGUUUUGGAAAAGACUGACUGCGUUGUCUCUGUUAUGGCGGCAGUAAAAGAAAGCGCAGAGGAAGACAAAGAGGUAGAAUCUUCCUCUGAUGACACUCAAGAGCUGACAAGCACAUCUUCUCCCAACAACAACAAUAACAGCUUGGAUCCACCAGAGCCCCUGCCCUUGGACAGUCACCAAAACCCUUUAAAUGGAGUCCAGCCGAACCCAUUUGUCUGUGGUAGCGUCCCUGCUGCCCCCAGCACAAACGACUCAUUGCCUUCAGGAGCACUUGUUAAUGGAGCUGCUUCACACUGUACCUCAGAGGAGCCCUGCGUCCACAACAAAGACAUGUCCCCUCUGCCCGGGACAGACACCAGCCCUGAGGUGUUACCGCCUCCCAGUGAGCUUCAAUCAGACACCCGGCAGAAAACAGAAGGGUGCGCCCCUAAAAGUGCGGCCCGCACGGGCCUCAUCUGAAUCAAACAACAGUGACGGUGAGGCCCCCUUAGAUGUGCUGGUGGGGGAAGGCUUGGAUAACAGGCCAAUCAGCCGACUGUUGGCUAGAAAGGGAAUCAAAGCAGGGUGCUUAUGGGACUUUGAUUCGGAGUUGUCAGAGAGUUCCUCUGAUGACUGUGAUGGUCUGAACUGGGGCCUGCAGGAGAAGUUCAUGCGGAUACUGUUGAAAAGCAGCGUAGCAGGUGAUGGAGUAAGAACAAAGGUAGAGAUUGAUGGAGCUCCACCUGCCAACCGAAGACGGAGGAUGCGUAAAAAUCAUGCCAUGGAGAGGGCUGACACUGGAGGACAGGUUUAUGACGGCUUUGAUUACGCAUCCCAGAAUUCCCUAACCGACGAAGACUCCGAUUUUGAGUCGUCCAUUAACAAAGAACAUGCCUUCAGGAAAGAGCCAGAAAGUUUGAAAGCAUAUGCCGGCUUGCGCCUGGAGAAAUUCUGCGACAAGUCAGCUGCCAUGCAGGAGCUAAUUUCAAGCGAGAAGGAAGAGAGAUGUGAUGAAGGCGGCAGCGACAUAGAAACAAACACCUACAUGGGUGAAAAAGCGGCGCGGUUAAAGUCAGAGACAAAAACAGGCGAGGAGCUGUCCUUCUUCCCGUGUUCAAAGUGCAAUGAUAAUUUCAAGGAGAAGAGGCAUUUGCAUAGGCAUAUGAUGUAUCAUUUAGAUAGGAAUAAUAGGGUGAGACAAGAACACAUUCCCCGACCCUUUAUAUGUAGAGAGUGUGGGCGUUCAUUCCGAGAUCUAACCUCUCUGCAAAAGCACAUGAUAAUCCACCAGGUGCGGAGGGAGAGGCUGAUGGAAGAGAUUAAAGGUUUCAGUAAGAUAGAUGUCGAGGGAAGAAGAACUUGUCUUCAGUGUCCCCAGUGCGUCUUUGGAACGAAAUGCCCCAAAACUUUCGUCCAUCCUAGCAAAACUAAUGAGAAGGAGAAGCUGUCGUAUAGCUGUGAGGAGUGCGAUCACAUGGCUACGAAUGAAACGGAGGCACACAAGUGCACAGCUCACCACAACACAUGUGGCAAGACUGGUGACUUUUUUGUAUGUCAAAAUUGUACAUUUAGAAGUAAGAAUAAAUAUAGUUUCAGAAAGCAUGUGAAGCUUAUCCACGGGCAGAAUUAUGAGAAUUAUGAACCUCAGCCACACAGCAAUGUGGAUGACCACAUAAAAGCUGUGCUGGACCAACCCAAAAACAAGGAUUCAUCUUUACUGAUGCCAAAGAUUCAAAGCACAGAGAAGUGGUCUGUUAAGGACAGAGUUGAGCUGCCCUUUAGGCCCAAUGGCUCAGCUGACCUUAAUGUGAGAAGCAAGGAGACACAAAAAGCCUGUGAUGGUUUCAGCUCCUCGCUGAUCAAAUGGAGCCCUGGCAGCCCAGCAAACAAGCUGUCACCAUUCUCACUGAGAAGUGACAAGCCAAGCAAAUUAUCCCCUCUGCCUACAGAGAAAAUAGACGUGACAACAGGUCUCCCGUAUGUCGAAGAAGACAAUCAAGAAUAUGAAAGCGCUGUCUCCGAAAAGAGGACAAAAUAUCUUUCCAGCUUUGACGUACAUCUUACAACGAAAACAGAGAUCGUGAGUAAAGCAGCCUGUCUGAACCCUGGCACUGAGAGCCGUCCCAAAGAUCCUUCAACCGGCAGUACUUUAGCGCUGCAAACGCUGCGGCACAAAAUACCCUCGAAAAGAAAAAUGUCAAUCCCGUACCGCAACACCCAUACCGAUAUUCCUCAUGUGCGUCUUCCGAAAUGUGAGCCUGAGUCUUCACAAUGGGACUCUAGUACACCGCUAGAGGGAGAUGACUAUGAAGGUGCUCAGGUUUUUAGCAACUACACCAAAGAGUCUUCGGAUCGCUUAUAUAGCAAUACCCCCAGUGAUUAUUUGAUCUCUCUCAACAACAACAUCCCGGACUAUGCCAAUCAUACUAAUCCAGGCGAGAGCGCAGAGGUGGACAGUGAUGAUAUUUGUACAUUUAUAGUGAAGGACGAGUGUAUUGAGAGUGUAAUAAGUGAAGAUAACCCUGAUCAUGUUGGUUAUCAGCAAAGUGACCCUUAUGUAGAGUAUAUUGUCAACCCUUUGCCUUUGGUGGGCAGGAAGUGCUGUCCCUAUUGCCCUGCAGUGUUUGAGUCUGGGGUGGGCUUGUCCAACCACGUGAGAGGACACUUACAUAGGGUGGGGCUGAGUUAUGAUGCUCGUCAUGUGGUGUCACCUGAGCAAGUGGCAUCUCAGGACCGCCAGCCUCGCAUACGCAGAAAAAUUCCCUCAGUGAAUCGCAGAAUCAGAAAAGAUAAGCCAGAGUCUAAAACCGAACAUACCUGUCCGCUGUGCCUGGGCUGGUUUGACACUAAGACCGGCCUCUCCAAUCACGUGCGGGGUCACCUGAAGCGGAUUGGCAAGCCAAUAUCGGGCGCUAGCAAGUCACCUCUCUGCAUUCUGACGGAACUUCUUCAGGAUGAGACGGAGUACAGGAACAUUAUGAGGGUGUUUGGUUCCAGACCACACUUAUCUAAACCUUUUGUCUCCCAAAAGUUUGCCUGCAGUGACGGACUGUUUCUUACAUCCUCCGGCAUUCCCAUGAAGAUCCAUCAUACAACUGGAACACCAGAUGAAUGGACUAUGAUCAGACCCCCCCAGGUCGACAGAGAGAGAAAGAGGACCGAUAAGGUCCAGUCUAGCACUUUAGAGGAUCUGCUGGGAAAUAGCAAAGUGGAGCAGGAAAUGGAGGCUGAAGGUCACUCAGAGGAGGCCAGGACUCCUUUGACCUUCUCCUCAACUAGUGGCAGUUUACCCAGAACACCAUCUGUGAAGCUGGAUCCUACCUGGAGCCAAGAGAAUAAGAAGAUCUGCAUCCACUGCAACACGACGUUCCACAGCGCUGUCAGCCUGUCCAAUCAUCUUCGAGCAUAUGCCCGACGGAAGCAAAUUGCCUUAUUAGAAGGAACAACGUAUGAUUGUAAACAGAAGAGGCCGAGAUCAAGGCCCGGGCCAAAAAGGAAGGCGUUUUCAUCUUCACACGCCGCCUCUGAAGUGAUCUACAGAAUGACCUGCAGGUUCUGCGAUCUGAUCUUCCAGGGUCCUCAGUCAAUUCAGGAAGACUGGAUCAAGCACUUGCAGAGGCAUCUUAUGCACACGAGUAUCCCCGGCGUGGGUGCAGGUAUGGUGGAGGUUUCAGCGCUGUGUAAAGAGCUGUGUUCCCCGUCUCCCCCCGAGCGCCUGCUUCUGGAUACACACCCUCCUCUCAGUCUGCCUGAGGGGGUCUCCUAAGCCACGUUUACACACCAGCUACGCUCACUGUACACCUGUUCAGCACAUGUUCAUAAAAACAAAUACACAUAUAAUACUGUAUAUACAUAUGAAUACAGAAUAGAAAUAUAUAAUAUAAAUGAAAGAUUUUCUUAUAUUGCAUAUUAUUCAUUUUGUUCUUUGGUUGAUUUCCCAACUUUAUUACAUUAGUCUUCGGUUAUUCGUAAGGGCAUGCUAUUUGCAACAUAGAUGUAGAGCUAUAUUUAGAUUUUGGAUGUGCACAUUAGGCAGUCUUCGCCGCAGACUGCAGUUCUCAGCUGCUGUGACUUGCAAGUCUAAAAUCCUGCAACUAGAUUUUUGAAACUGUUCAAAUCAUAGAAUUCAGAGGUCACUGUUUAGUCGAAUGAUCAGCUUCAAAGACAGCUAUGAGGACUUCUCGCUAUUUACUGUAAUUUUACGCCGCAAGUUUAUUUACACUGACAAAAUGUAUAACCUAUUUUUAAGAGAGUAUAUCGACAUAAUAAUAUAUCUACGCAAGUAGUGCUUCAUUUAUGGUUAAGAAUUCUUAUAACUACUCUUAUGCAUCAUUUAACGCGUUGAGGAAAAAUUGCGUAUACGGGCAUUAGAGCCCAAAACAUGUAACACACGAUCUACUACAAUAUUUUUUAAUGCCAUUAUCAGAGAAAUGAACUGUGAACUUUAUGAAUAUAUCAAUGAAUAUUUUUCAAAGCUUUCUAGCUGUUUAGUAAUAUCAUGGGCAAUACUGUCAUGAUGCAAUAUUAAUUAGUUAUAUCCAUAUAAUGUCAGAAAAAGAUAAUUGUUCUAUACUAUUAUUGUAUGUUCCUGAAACCCCUCAAAUACUGUUUUGCUCAUCAUUUUAUGGUGCUAAAAUGUAAGGUAUAUCACUCAAAACUAUAACUAAUUUAGGAUACUUAAGGGAAUCUUUACCACACAUUCUUUUUGAGGUAAAUGAUUUCAUAGCAUUUGAUUGUAAAUAAAGCUGUAGGUAAAGACCAAAUGGAGGGAUAGUCCUCCAUGCCCUGGUCAGCCCUUCAAAUAGUUACCAUGUAACUAUAUACCAUUACUUGGUGAUGAUAAUGUGCAAGCACAUACCGAUCAAUUAAGGUAUACAAUGUGUUAAUGAGCAGAGGAAGCGUUAACACGUUGUAUUUAUGUCUCUGUUAAGUCACUAAUAGCCAAUUAAAAUGUAAUUGUGAUUUAAA